AGAAAGUCGCCAUGGGUCGUGUGAUCCGCAACCAGAGGAAGGGUCGUGGAAGCAUUUUCACGGCCAACACCCGUCUCAACAAGGCCCCUGCCCAGUUCCGUGUCCUCGACUACGCUGAGCGUCAUGGAUACACUCGUGGUGUUGUGAAGGAGAUCAUCCACGACCCCGGCCGUGGUGCUCCUCUCGCCAAGGUCCAGUUCCGUCACCCCUACAAGUUCAAGCACGUUACCGAGACCUUUAUUGCCAACGAGGGCAUGUACACCGGUCAAUUCAUCUACGCCGGAAAGAACGCCACCCUGACUGUCGGCAACAUCCUCCCCCUCGCCUCCGUUCCUGAGGGUACCGUUAUCACCAACGUUGAGGAGAAGGCUGGCGACCGUGGUGCUCUUGGUCGUACCUCCGGUAACUACGUUACCGUCAUUGGACACAACCCUGAGGAGGGCAAGACCCGUGUCAAGCUCCCCUCCGGUGCCAAGAAGGUCAUCAAGAACACCGCCCGUGGUAUGGUUGGUAUCGUCGCUGGUGGUGGUCGUACCGACAAGCCUUUGCUCAAGGCUUCUCGUGCCAAGCACAAGUUCGCUGUCAAGCGCAACUCUUGGCCCAAGACUCGUGGUGUUGCCAUGAACCCCGUCGAUCACCCUCACGGUGGUGGUAACCACCAGCACAUCGGUAAGGCUUCUACCAUCUCCCGCUACGCCGCCCACGGUCAAAAAGCCGGUCUCAUUGCUGCCCGGAGAACUGGUCUGCUCCGCGGUACCCAGAAGACCAAGGACUAAGCGGGUUAUGGUGUGGAGUUCUUUUUGUGACGG